GACAGUUCAGUAGUCGGGUGUCUACUAAUAUUACCCAGGAGCUUAAACUAGAGACAGAAAGCUUCUACAAUGCGUUCAUGAUGAAGUGGAAUCAAGAUAAAUGCAAACCGCCUGACGUUGCCGAUAUCAUAUGCUCUGCAGAUCCAGAUAUAUAUGAGCUCAAUGGAGUUUGUAUAUGCCAUGCAUAUGGCCAACACAUGCUGAUCAUAUACAGAUCACUUUCAUUGGCUGCCCUCUGGCGAGUGCGCAGGAAACAUGGCACUUUACUAUUCCUGUCACUGCUUCGUUCGCACGCAUUGAUCAGGACUAUCUACGGGCACUAUUCCAGUACGGAGUUAAACCACAGAGGUCUCAUUGCGUUUUUAUCGAUCAGACUACGGGCCGGAGGCGACGCUGUGGAUUUGAUCACCCGGAGGGCUAUGGCAAGGUAGUGCAGAGGGAAUGCGAGGUCCGAUUUGAUAUAUAUGUCCCCGUCAACAUGGCACGAUAUAAGUUUUUUGUACUCUGUGCAUGCGGUCCGCAUUCGCACCAUCCUCCCUUUCCGAAUCGCGUGUCUGAAGAUGUUAGGCAACUCAUCAGAAAUGCUCUCAAAGAGGAGGAUGUGUUGACUCUUACUCCGCUCCGAUUCAUCCAGUCUCCCACAUUCAAAUCCCUGAUGCAAGCAUAUGGCCAGGAUAUGUCAGAGGCUAUUGCACGUGCUGUUGCGGUACGAGACCGCAUUUCGAUGUUGAUUCGGAAACAACGGCUAUUAGAGCAUCCGGACGGAACAUCGCUAGCUGGCGUUGCGCGGGAGGCUGAUAUUGACCGCACCCGCCCAAACGAACAGCAGUGGAUCAGGAAAAUAGUAUUUAUCGACGAAGCCGGGGAAGCCUCAACAUGUGGUUCGCACUACAUUGUCAUAUGCAUGACAUAUGCAGGAGCUAAACAAUUUCACAAAUCAAAUAUGUUUGAAAUGGAUACAGCAUUCAAGGGCGUCCAUGGUGGCCAUAACGUGUUUUCCAUCGCAGGGUGGGAUUCUGAGGUUCGACGUAAGUUGACCAUAUACACGGCAUAUUUCGUAACUGACAAUAUCAUGCUUGUUCGUCUAUUGUUGGGUUUUUACCACCAUAACAACGACCCCGCAAUGGCGGACUCUUUUUUAUCACCUGUUCGAUACGUUCGAUACUGUUGGGAGCGAAGUAAUCCAUUGGUGGCAUACCCAUCAAGGCUCUGGAAUCCGGACAUUUACCGUAGAUAUGGACAAGGCUUAGGCGUUCGGUCUCGGCCAGUACUUGCAUGAGUAAGACCCAUCGUGGAGUGUUCUCGAGCAUCUCUCGUAUAUCCUUAUCUUCUGCCGAACGCAUGUUCUGCGGAACCUCCGUAAAUAUAAUCAUGGCAAACUACGAGCACGCGAUAUCGAGUUCCUAUGGU